AUGUUGGAAUCAUUCGCUCAGUCGUUGAAUCCACGAAAUCCUAUCAUGGAAACUGCUAUGCAAUCGCAACCGUUGAUGAAUGUUCCUUACCCAUCGCGCAAUCGUUACGGUCGCCCUUACAUAUCUGGGCGCCCGUUGCUAACCUGUGAUCGACAGAAAAUCGUCCAGUUGUUCGAGAAUGGUAUGAAGAAGAUUCAUAUUGCUAAACAGCUUGGGAUCACACACAGUUGUGUGAGCAAAGUACUAAGAAAGUGA